GCAGCAAUAAUAUAUUCCAACACCAAUGUUUUUCCCUUGAGUUUCAUACAAUCUGCACCCCAUAAAUAGCGCAGUUGGCGAAGCCCUAAAAUCUCAUCCAACUACCUAACACUACAGUGAUAUCGAAUCACACAUUUCUUCCAAUCAUGGCAUCAAGAACUUCCACCCUCAAAUUCUUCUCACUACUAAUUUCUUCCUUUGCCAUUGUUCAAAUGGCAAUGGCCGGAGACCCGGACAUUAUUUCUGACUUCCUACUGCCUGCAAAUGGAACAGUAGAUGCAAACUUCUUCACUUACACCGGCUUUCGUGUUCUUGUUGGAAGCGAUCCUCCAACUGCCUUCAAGGUAUUGAAGGCAACCUUGGCUGAGUUCCCUGCUCUUGAUGGGCAGAGUGUUUCAUAUGCCGUCCUCGAAUUCCCAUCCGGCACUACUAACCCACCACACACUCAUCCUCGUUCCGCUGAGCUCCUUUUCCUCAUUGAUGGUACCCUUGAAGUCGGUUUCAUUGACACAAAAAACAACCUUUUUACACAAACUCUUCAAGCAGGUGAUUUGUUUGUGUUUCCCAAGGGACUUGUGCACUUCCAGUACAAUGCUCAUGCACAAAACCCAGCUCUAGCAGUUUCUGCCUUUGGAAGUGCAAAUGCAGGCACUGUAUCACUCCCCAACACUCUCUUCACCACCGGCAUCGACGACAAUGUCUUGGCUAACUCCUUCAAGACUGAUGUAGCCACCAUUCAAAAGCUCAAGGCCGGUCUUGCUCCCAAGCCAUGAGGAAAAAAUCAUAACCAGUAGUUUUAUGUCUUCAGA